CAAAGCCCCACGUGACAGCCGGUGAGAAGAAGUGUCAUGGCGUCUCCCAGUGGGAAGGUAGCGGUUACCUGGCAGGAGUUGGUGGUGGCCCGCGUGCGGCCCGCGGAGCCGCUGGAGCUGGCGGAGGACCCGGAGGACGCGGAGGGGCUGUAUGUGGCGGUGGAGCGCUGCCCGCUCUGUAACACCACCCGCCGCCGCCUCACCUGCGCCAAGUGCGUCCGGAGCGGAGACUUCGUCUACAUCGACGGCCGGGACGGAGAGAGGUAAACGGACUGCCACUCCCAGCACCCGCGGGCAGCCAGGACUGCCACUCCCAGCAGCCAGGACUGCCACUCCCAGCACCCGCGGGCAGCCAGGACUGCCACUCCCAGCAGCCAGGACUGCCACUCCCAGCAGCCAGGACUGCCACUCCCAGCAGCCAGGACUGCCACUCCCAGCAGCCAGGACUGCCACUCCCAGCACCCGCGGGCAGCCAGGACUGCCACUCCCAGCAGCCAGGGGCAGCCAGGACUGCCACUCCCAGCAGCCAGGACUGCCACUCCCAGCAGCCAGGACUGCCACUCCCAGCACCCGCGGGCAGCCAGGACUGCCACUCCCAGCACCCGCGGGCAGCCAGGACUGCCACUCCCAGCAGCCAGGGGCAGCCAGGACUGCCACUCCCAGCACCCGCGGGCAGCCAGGACUGCCACUCCCAGCACCCGCGGGCAGCCAGGACUGCCACUCCCAGCAUCCAGGGGCAGCCAGGACUGCCACUCCCAGCAGCCAGGACUGCUACUCCCAGCAGCCAGGACUGCCACUCCCAGCAGCCAGGACUGCCACUCCCAGCACCCGCGGGCAGCCAGGACUUCCACUCCCAGCAGCCAGGACUGCCACUCCCAGCACCCGCGGGCAGCCAGGACUGCCACUCCCAGCAGCCACGGCUUUUAUAGAGAGAUGGUCACCAUUCCCUUCCUGGGGGGGCUUUCUCGGUAUGUAGAGAGAUGGUCACCAUUCCCUUCCUGGGGGGCUUUCUCGGUAUGUAGAGAGAUGGUCACCAUUCCCUUCCUGGGGGGCUUUCUCGGUAUGUAGAGAGAUGGUCACCAUUCCCUUCCUGGGGGGCUUUCUCGGUAUGUAGAGAGAUGGUCACCAUUCCCUUCCUGGGGGGCUUUCUCGGUAUGUAGAGAGAUGGUCACCAUUCCCUUCCUGGGGGGCUUUCUCGGUAUUUAGAGAGAUGGUCACCAUUCCCUUCCUGGGGGGCUUUCUCGGUAUAUAGAGAGAUGAUCACCAUUCCCUUCCUGGGGGGCUUUCUCGGUAUAUAGAGAGAUGGUCACCUUUCCCUUCCUGGGAGCUUUCUUAGAAUAUACAGAGAUGGUCACCAUUCCCUUCCUGGGGGGCUUUCUCGGUAUAUAGAGAGAUGGUCACCAUUCCCUUCCUGGGGGGUUUCUUAGAAUAUACAGAGAUGGUCACCAUUCCCUUCCUGGGGGGGUUUCUCUGUGUAUAGAGAGAUGGUCACCAUUCCCUUCCUGGGGAGCUUUCUCGGUAUAUAGAGAGAUGGUCACCUUUCCCUUCCUGGGGGCUUUCUUAGAAUAUACAGAGAUGGUCACCAUUCCCUUCCUGGGGGGCUUUCUCGGUAUAUAGAGAGAUGGUCACCAUUCCCUUUCUGGGGGGCUUUCUCGGUAUAUAGAGAGAUGGUCACCAUUCCCUUCCUGGGGGGCUUUCUCGGUAUGUAGAGAGAUGGUCACCAUUCCCUUCCUGGGGAGCUUUCUCGGUAUUUAGAGAGAUGGUCACCAUUCCCUUCCUGGGGGGCUUUCUCGGUAUAUACAGAGAUGGUCACCAUUCCCUUCCUGGGGGGCUUUCUCGGUAUAUAGAGAGAUGGUCACCAUUCCCUUCCUGGGGGGCUUUCUCUGGAUAUAGAGAGAUGGUCACCUUUCCCUUCCUGGGGGGCUUUCUGGGUAUAUAGAGAGAUGGUCACCUUUCCCUUCCUGGGGGGCUUUCUGGGUAUAUAGAGAGAUGGUCACCUUUCCCUUCCUGGGGGCUUUCUUGGUAUAUAGAGAGAUGGUCACCAUUCCCUUUCUGGGGGGCUUUCUCGGUAUAUAGAGAGAUGGUCACCAUUCCCUUCCUGGGGGGCUUUCUCAGUAUUUUAAGAGAUGGUUGCCAUUCUUGCAGUGGGAGGAGUGGCUUUCUCGGUAUAUAGAGAUGGUCACCAUUCAUACCAAUGAAAUUUACACAUACAAGACCAAAAUGUGUUUAAACCUGUACCCCAGGUUUUCUAUUUAAUAUUUGUUUUUACAGAAGAUGUUUCCCUGACAUUUGGGUUUAUAGUCAUAGAUUGAGGUUUAAGCUUUCGUUGUUUAGAUAAUAGAUUCUGCACGUGGCCUCCUCUUUCUAUUACUUCCUGAAAUGUAAUUCCUUCUGCCUUAGUAUUGCUUUAUUUUUAGUCUCCUGGGUAUUUUUGUACACAGAAAUAGACGUAAUAUUUCUCCAGAACCUUUAAAAAUAGAAAACUUGCAUAUACAAUACUCGGAGGUUAAUGGCCCUAGAACUUGUGUGACCUAAGGGUUGAAUAUUUCCUGUAUGUAUAACUGCACUGCUUACUUAAAAGCAUUGACCAUCACAUUUCACCAUACUGUAGCAUGUACUUAUAAACUGCAUGCAGGAAUUGAGAUAUGUAAAUUUUAAAUAAUAACAAAGUAUUUGACCAGGAAAGGUACAUUCAGAUUACUCUGGUUUUUUUAAGUACCUCCUGGGGAUGUUACCUUAGCCCAACAAAUAUGUAGAUUUUCAUUGUUAAAGGUGUGUACAGCUUGUCUCUACAUUCAAAAUUGAAACUCUUGGCUUUUAACUUUUAGGUCAAACUUCAAAAACAAAACUUCACAAUCUAAACAGUGUUUCAGCGAUUACUGCUAGAAUUAACAUUGCUUGCAAGCUCUUUGGCAAUUUUCUUUUAAAAUGUAAACAACCCAUAGAAAGCUUAAAGGGACUCUCCAGUGCCAGGAAAACAUAUGCCCCUCUCCCUCCCACCCACCAUCCCAUGUUGCUGAAGGGGCUAAAUCCCCGUCAGUGACUUACCUGAAUUCUGCGUUGGGUCAGGCUCCGUCCACGCUCCUCCCCCGUCGACGUCAGCGGGUGGGGGAGACUAAUGCGCGCGCAUUAGUCUUCCCCAUAGAAAAGCAUUAUUCAGUGCUUUCCUAUGGGGAUUCCAGCAACGCUGGAGGUCCUAAUGCAUAGCGUGAGGACGUCUAGCGUCGUUUAAAACCCUUUUUGUGUUCUAAGAACACAGAAGCCACUAGAGGAGGACUUAACCCUGCAUUGCAGUUUAAAAAACUGCAAUAACUACACUUACAGGGUUAAGGGUGAUGGGAGUUGGCACCCAGACCACUCCAAUGGGCAGAAGUGGCCUGGAGUGUGUAUGUGUAUGUAUAUGUAUGUGUGUGUGUGUGUGUGUGUGUAUAUAUAUAUAUAUAUAUAUAUAUAUAUAUAUAUAUAUAUAUAUAUAUAUAUAUAUAUAUAUAUACUUACUACUAUUAUUUGAAAUAAACAUGGAAGACCUUUGGCUACUGUUGAAUCCUGAAAUUGUACUAAUCCUCCCCCCUGGACUCCAUUCCCGGGUGUAGCUCUCCUUACUGCUCUCCACACCCUAUCUGUCGUCACUGCUGCCUUCUCUGAGGUCCAGUCAAAUGCUUCUCAUUCAGAAACAUUUGAAUGGGCCAAUUUCCACGCUCAGCCUUAACGGUUGUUUUAAAGGGAGAUCUAUUCAUUAUCUAUGAAAAGGGGUUAACCCUUUAAGGACACGUGACGGUCAUGAUUCCCUUUUAUUUCUGAAGUUGUGUCCUUAAGGGGUUAAUAGAUCCACUUCGGGUGGGUGGUUGAAAUAUAUCUCAUAUAAUAUAACUGAAAUCUUUACUGCAGGUUAUUGUGGUAUUUGGGUGGCGUGUGAAUUGUAACGUUACGAUAAGGAUUGCUUAGUACGUUCAGCAAUGUAUUGCUUACCACUGUGCCACAAGAUACAGGCUUGGUUGUGUGAUCUGUGAGAUAUAGACAAGAUAAAGAUCUCCUACUUUAUAUACUAACUGCAGUUAGCCCUAAGUCAGAGAUACAGUAUUACAAAUUGUGGUAUUUGAACUGUUGCAUGCGGUUGAGGAGGAAGUACCCUAAUGAUAUAAAGUAAAUUCAGUGAAUACAUUUAUAAAUAAAUGCACACAGUUUUGUUUUUGUUUUUUUUAGUGACUUCAUUUUACAAUUUUUAUUUUUUUAAAUGCAAAAACAUGGAAAAGGAAAUUUUUAGAAAAAGGUGAAUUUUCACUUCCAGAUAUAGCCAUAAAUAUCUUAUUUCAUUCCCUCUUCUACUCCAUCACGGAGGUCCCUAUUGUGUGCUAACACCUCCUAAGGGGUUUUGGUUAUCAGCCAGCUGGUGUCUAUCUAGCCUUAGUGGGACCUUUUAUAACGACCUGGAUAGAAUUACACAGCUGUUUGUGAAUGAGCAUUGUUGUGUGUGUGUGUGUGUAUGUCUUUAGCCAGUGUUUGCCUUCUUCUUGGUACCAGUAUGACAUAGCUUCUCCACAGCCAGCCAAGAAUCCAUUUUCUGUCCUUACCUGCAGAGCUUUGGCUAAGAACCACCAUUAUGGGGUUAUUUAUAACUAAAGGUACUAUCUUCAUCACCAAGCUUGGUCCUAUGUUUACCUUUGCACUUGUAGAGUGUGUAUAAAGAUACUUAAAGGACCACUAAAGUGCCAGGAAAACAAACUCGUUUUUCCUGGUACUAUAGUAUUAAUAGGCCCCCCCUCCCAUUGGUCUGAAGGGGGAGGAAGGGGUUAAACACUCACCUUUCUCCAGCACCGGGCUCCCUCGGCCUGAGGACUCUCUUCCCUCUUCUGACGUCACUGACUGCGCAUGCGCGGCAAGAGCUGCGCGCACAUUCAACCAGUCGAUAGGAAAGCAUUUCUCAGUGCCUUCCUAUGGACGUCCAGCGUCUUCUCACUGUGAUAGAGGCUGGGUUAACCCUAGCUGGACCUGGCACCCAGACCACUUCAUUGAGCUGAAGUGGUCUGGGUGCCUAUAGUCCUUUAAAUGGGCUUUAUACAGAAGGUAAAUUUGGGGCACAUAUCAUAUUUGCGACAUUUCUCACAGUUCAGAUAUGGCAUACAGGAUAGGGGAGAGCUGUAAUUUAAUAAAGGGAUCCUAGAAGUGACUCACUGUUAUGUAAAAUAUGUGACAAGCUGUGGGUCAUAUACAAACGUGUCUGAGAACAGUCUCGGUUUAGAACGUGCUGAAGUUUUCAGGGAUUUCCUAUCAAUGUAGCGUUUUGACAAAUUAGAAGACUACAAACUUGCCACAAAAUGGGCAGGGAGCUCAGAUGGCAGUGCAAAGAUAGAUUUUAUUUUAUAUUUAUCGAUGAAUGAUGUUUCACUCCAUAUUUAUACGUUAGAUAUAUUGUUUGCCAAUCUGAGCUUAAUAUCACAGAUCUAGUAUUGGGCACUUUUAAAGGCUGCCUCUAAUCUCUCAUACUCCCUACUAUCGCUUUUCUGGGAAUACUUUUAACAUAAAAUGCCUCUACUUUGAAGUGAACCUGCUUAGAUAGGAUCGCCUUAACAAAUACCUGCUUCUGAAGUAAAUUAACCAAGUUAUUGAUUUAUUUGCGUUUGUUGUUUGUUUUCAUUUUGUAGUGUUUGUUUUCGGAACUCAUUGACUGUUGGAUUAUUUUACACUCAGUCUUGCCUUUCUCCUUCCCCUCUCAGAUGUGAUUUGCCCCCCGCUUGGGGAUACUUGCACAAUUCCCUCCUUUCAGUAAAUUGACAAUAAAUUUAAAAACGUGCUAAUAUACAUUCAUUUGUACCUGUACACAAACUGUGGAAAAUGUAGUUUUACUAUUCAUACUUAAUGAAUGAUUCACAUACAGGUUACCUGAAUAAAGCCUUGUCUGUCUUCCAAAUAUGUAGAAAAAAAUAAAAAUAAAUCUAUAUAUUUUUAGUAUUUAUUGUUUGUUUAAUCCUUCAGUACAUUGUAUGGUUAUUGUUGGUAGUUGUAUGGGAGGAAGUGUGUGUGUUUUUAUUACUUUGUUUUUAAUGUAUUUCUGCUGUUUAUUUGCUAAAUGUUUUUACACUACCCCACGAAAGGCUUUGAAUUGUUCUGUGUGUUUAGAGCCGCCCCUUGGCUGGCACCUAGACAGGAAGUGAUGCACACUUUAAUGAUUAAAAAUCUUGUUCUGCUUGCCCGGUUGAGCCUCAUUCCAUGACAUCAGAAUUUCCUGUAACCCUCCCUAGUAUAGCAAACAUUCAGUAGUAUUCUUAAUGUAACAACAAAAAUAAAGAGUUCACUUCGCUGAAAACCAAAGCUCUACAUAAACAUUCUUGUGUCUGAGGACCAUGUGUACAUGCACGUCUGUACAUAGAUAGCAUAGUAUUAAAGGGAUUGUCACUGCCCGGGAUGUGCAAUAUUAAGAUAACUUCUCUCUCUCUAUUUAACAAAUAUCACUUAUUUACUAAAGUGACAAUUGUCAGGAAUUCAAAGUGAACCUAGUCGCUAAGUUUCCAGUUACGUCAUUUUGAUAUAAAAUAGGAAAUUCACUUCAAAUUCUUGCGAAUUCUCACUAGAGUGAAUAAAUCUAUUUAUAUUUGAGAACUGUAAAAAAUGUAAUUUAAAUCCAUACAGCUUUAUCCUGCAACUGGUCGCUUCAUCUUGGUUCCCUGUCAAUCAUUGUUAUAAGCUCUGUCCUGCGAUUGGGAAUUUAGAAGUCUAACAUAUAUAUAUUGUAGAUUGGAUUAGCCGUAUUAGUCCAGUAGACAUUUUAUAUAUAUGUGUGUAUAUAUGUGUAUGUGUGUGUGUGUGUGUGUGUGUGUGUGUGUGUAUAUAUGUAUAUAUAUAUAUAUAUAUAUAUAUUCAUAUUCUCACCCCUGCUGGGUGGUAUGUUUAUUCCUCAUUCUCGGGUCCUCUACCAGAGGCCUGGGAGUUUGAGGGCUCUGUGCAGUAUCUUAGCUGUUCCUAGAACUGCACUGUCCCACCUACUACCUGUUAACUCUGCACCCAACUUGGAAGUCACAGCCCUGAGUGCUCCGAUCACAACUGGGACUACUACUGGCUGCACUUUCCACAUCCUUUCUAGCUCUAUCAGUACUUGGUAUUUGUCCACCUUCUCAUGUUCCAUAUUCCUGAUGUUAUAGUCACUGGGUAUUGCCACAUCCACCACGACUGCAGUCUUCCGUUCCUUGUCUACCAGCACAAUGUCUGUAUGGUUGGCCAAGACUUGCUUGUCUGUCUGUAUCUUGAAGUCCCACAGGAUCUUAGCCCUGUCAUUCUUAACUACCCUUUGUGGUAUCUCCCAUCUGGCCUGAGGCAGGUCUAAUCAUAUUCUGUGCAACUGUUUCAGUAUACAAUCGCAGCGACUUGGUUGUGUAUGUUGUUCCUGCUAACAUCUUGCAUCCGGCUACUAGGUGCUGGACUGUCUCAGAGGUCUAUUUGCACAGUCUGCACCUUGGGUCUUGCCUGGUGAUGUAUAUUCUAUUCUCCAGAAAAAGAACUCUUUAAAUGUUGCUUUAUUCACGUAAGGCAACAAGAAAGAAAUGUACCUGUCAGCGUUUCAGUCCACACUUUCAAGAGUGAAUGAAAACGUUGGGCAGAUACUUAUCUUUUUGUUGUCUUAUGUGAAUAUAGCAACAUUUAAAACUACUUUCAAAUAUAUAUAUUUACUGCUAAUUCCCUAGGUCUGAGUAUAACUGCUAAAUAAUUCUGCUCUGUUUCAGGUUUUCAGACAAGCGAGAGAGAUUAAGUCAUCUACGGGAGUCCCAGUUAAAUUUCCAGAAACAGUAAGUUCACGUCCCUUUUCCUUCCUAAAGCACAGGUACAAUGUCAGGGGUGUGGAAAUUAAAAAAACUACUUGUCCAGGGGCUAUUAAUUCUUUUGCCCAAUCUACUUGUCCUGAUACAAAAAUUAUUUGAAUCAAAACAAUAUUUAAAUAAGGUCUUUUAUUGAUAGUGACUCAGUGUGGGUGGGAUAGGGAUGGUGUGUGUGUGUGUGUGUGUAGGGCACAUAGUAUGGGGGGGGCGGCUAACUGUUCGGGGAGGGAGUAAUGCUUCAUUCAUUUAACAUGAUGGUGCUAAGCUUGCAAGAUGUCUGUACAGGGACGAGGUUGCGAUGGUGGCCUGAAUUGUCAUUGGUUGCCACUUCAAAAGAGACUAUGAAAUAUUCUGCAGCCCCAGGCCCCCCCUCCCCAGUCAUCUAUGGAUUGUUCUCUUCUUAAUGCAUGAAAGUUCCUUUUAUUUAUUAAGAAAUCCAACUUAAAGCUAUAAUGCAUCUUACAGCUGUUCUUUUUUGUUUGUUUAGGUUGGUAAAAGCUAUAGAAGGCAAACUGUUUGCUGAUAAACUGGUAAGUGUCUUCUUGAUUUGAAUAAAUUGUGCGGUGAAUAGUUUUUCCAAAUAUGUCUAUUAGGGAUCGACCGAUAUUGUUUUUUUGUUUGUUUGUUUUUUAGAGCCGAUACCGAUAAUCUGUGAACUUUCAGGCCGAUAGCCGAUAACUUACCGAUAUUCUGUACAUUUACCAUUUUGAAAAAAUAAACUAUUUCUAAAGGUAAAUGUUCAAAAUAUACAUGCCACGUGAAGUGGGUGCAGCGCGUUUAGACAGGGGAACUGUGUGUGUUUGUGUAGUGUGGAUGUAGUGUGUGUGUGUGUGUGUAGUGUGAAUGCAGUGUGUGUGUGUGUAUAUAAUGAAUGCAGAGGGUAUGAGUGUGUGUGUACGUGUACCCAUUGUACAGCGCUACGGAAUUUGUUGGCGCUUUAUAAAUAAUAAAAUUAUAUAUAUAUAUAUAUAUAUAUAUAUAUAUAUAUAUAUAUAUAUAUAUAUAUAUAUAUAUAUAUAUAUAUAUAUAUAUAUAUAUAUUUUAUUUUUUAUUUUUUUUUUGCAAUGUGUGUUUAUAUAAUGCAGUGUAUGUGUGUACUGUUCAUUAUAUAAACACACUGCAUUAUAUAUACAGUGUGUUUAUAUAAUGCAGAGUGUAUGUGUUUGUGCAGUGUGUGUGUGUGUGUAUAUGUGUAUAUAUGUAUAUGUGUGUGUAUGUAUAUAUAUAUAUAAUUUUUUUUUUAUUUUUUUUAAUUGCAAUGUUCGUGUUUAUAUAAUGCGGUGUGUGUAGUAUCCAUUAUAUGAACACACACUGCAUUAUAUACACAGUGUGUUUGUGUAGUGUGUUUAUAUAAUGCAGUGUGUUUGUGUAGGUAUGUAAUUUGGGGGGAGGGGGCAUUUUUUUUAUUUAAUUAUUUUUUUUUAUUAUUAUUAUUUUUUUUAAAAUAUUUAAUUAUUAUUUUUAGUGCCCCCACCCUGCUUCUUCCUUGGCCUGGGGUGGGGGGAUAUAGGAUUCCCUGGUGGUUCAGUGGCAUGGAAAGUACAGAGGGGGCCCGCAGAAAGCACUUACUUACCUUCCCUUCAGCUCCCUGUGUAAAAUCUCGCAGCCAGCAUGCCGCGCCGAGCGUUGCUAUGGUAAUCCGUGGCAACGCUCUGAUGGCCGCAGGACCCGCGAGAUUUACACAGGGAACUGCUUAGGAAGGUAAGUAAGCUCUUGCUGCGUGCCCCUCCAGGACCGCCAAGCUUGUAAUGGGCCCGGCGGUCCUGGUAUGUAUUAUCGGCAAUAUCAGUAUCUCUUGGCCGAAACCGAUAUUGCCGAAAAUACUGAAUAUCGGCCAGACCGAUAAUCGGUCGAUCCCUAAUGUCUAUAGUUCACAGAAUUGAAAAGAAUAGAUAUAGAGAGUUAGAUCUAUAAAUCCAUACAAAGCAAUUGGUAAAACUACUUUACUCCUACUACAUUCUUAAAAGAAAAUCAAAAGAGCACGUGAGAUGGUGCCACUGCCAUUCAGUUAUGGAUGAAAUUUGUAGUAAAUUCCUGACCAGCAAUAUGGCAAACCAGGGGGCAUGUCAUGCCACGCGAUCCCUGGAUUCAGUCAGACUGCUCUUUUAUGGCGUGAUACAGAACCAUGAGACGGUACCCACAAGCUUACAAUCAAACUAACUGGCAGGACGCAGUGGUUAAAGUUUUAGAUUGACACUUUAAGAUCUAUUCUUAGCCUACUCUUUGUGACUAUUAAGGGGAAUAUUGUGGUGGAUCAGAUUCCAAAAUAUUAGAUAUUUUACAGUACAGACAGCUGUAAAAAAAUAAAUAAAAUUUAUGAGCUUGUUGGGGUCUGUGUCCACAGCUAUAAGCAAUAUCUGUCUUUCAAAAUUGAGGACCCUGGAGGGAUUCAAUCAAUGCUUUUAUUUUUACGAUAAAUACUACUGGUCAUGCUACAGGUGCUGUACCCUAUUAAUGUUUGUCACAGUAUUUGGGGGAGAGAGUUGGUUGGUUUAUGCAUAAAGUAGUCUCACACAGUGUACAGUUAGCACAUUGUGGAAGGCAGUGAAUAACUGAGAGAGCUUAAAUAACUCCGCUCAGCUGUUGACAGCCGGCCCUUUAACAUGUGGGAGCCCAUCUGUCUAGUUCAGGGGGAAGCAGAUUGGCCGAUCAUUACUCCCAUAAACCUUGGCCGACGUAUUAUGUAAGUUGGCCUUCCUGUAUAUCCCCACCUUAGGUCUUCUUGGCUAAUCUUUGUUAAUGUAGGGGAGAUUUUGCAUGUAGACUGUUGAUAACCUAGGUGAGGGUUGCAGGGCACUGCAGAUUAGGGGAUUGUGGCAGUAGGCAGUCCCUCCAGGUGCAGGUUUUAGACUUUUUUUUUUUUUUUGAGUCUUUUACAAAAUCCUGAAAUUGUUGAGGCUUCUUUACUGUAUACAAUAUGUUAUGUUAGGAUUAGUCUUUACACCACCCAGAGGUCUGCAUGAGUAGGACUUGAUCCACUAUUCCUGGGCUUCAGCAGUAUCCAUUGGGCAACUAUAUAGGUGUUAUAUUUGUAUAAUAUACUGUCCCUUUUGUGCCCCUUAUAUUUUUGUGUUUUGGAGUGUACCAUGGAUCUAAAACAUUAUAACUCUUGGAGUGCAUGUUAAACCGUUAGAACCUAUACAGGAUGCAUACACUUUUAUGGUGAUCUGCAACUUCUCAGAUUAAUUUUACUUUCUCUCACCUUCAGAAAUGGAAGAUAAUGUCUUGCAAAAUAAGGAUUGAACAACUGAAGCAAAGCAUUUGGAAUGGAAAUGAAGAGAUAGCAAAGAGUGGGUAAAGUGUGUGUGUGUGUGUGUGUGUGUGUGUGUGUGUGUGUGUUAGUUAUAUUUUUAUAUAUGUAACCAAGAAUGCAUUAACCUCACAAAUCUGAAUUCAGAUUCUGGAUACAUUGAGUGAUAAGUGAUCCGUGCUUAUGUAGUUACUAAUCCACUAGUAACUACAUAACCACGGUAUGUAGUUACUAAUCCAAAAAUAAAUAUUCAUUUCCAGUUGUUUUCGUCCAGGAUUAGUGUAAUUUUUUAAUCCCUUAAGGACGGAGCCAAAUGUACACGUUGUGAACAAAACAAAAUGUAAACAAAACCUGGCAUUUGCGCUACAUGUCUGUCCAACCGUAAUUCACCUCUUUUAUAUUAAAUGCACCCACCCUUAUUAUAUAUCAUUUUAUUCAGGGGAAACAGGGCUUUCAUUUAAUAUCAAAUAUUUAGCUAUGAAAUGUAAUUUAAUAUGGAAAAAAAUGGGAAAAAAUAAGAUUUUUUUUUUUUAUUUUUUUUUUAUUUAUUUUUUAGUUCUACAUGACAUUUUAACUGUCAGUGUCAUAAUACUGUUUGGUUUUACUGCAAUAAAAUACACAUUUGUUUUCAGCAAAGUCUCACGUGUAAGACAGUACCCCCUAUGUACAGGUUUUAUGGCGUUUUGGGAAGUUACAGGGUCAAAUAUAACACGUUACAUUUGAAAUUGAAAUUCGCCAGAUUGGUUACAUUGCCUUUGAGACUGUAUAGUAGCCCAGGAAUGAAAUUUACACCCAUAAUGGCAUACCAUUUGCAAUAGUAGACAACCCAAGGUAUUGCAAAUGGGGUAUGUCCAGUCUUUUUUAGUAGCCAUUUGGUCACAAACACUGGCCAAAGCUAGCGUUAGUAUUUGUUUGUGUGAAAAUGCAAAAACCGCCAAUUUUGGCCAGUGUUUGUGACUAAGUGGCUACUAAAAAAGACUGGACAUACCCCGUUUGCAAUACCUUGGGUUGUCUACUAUUGCAAAUGGUAUGCCAUCAUAGGGGUAAUUUUCAUUCUUUGGCUACCAUAGGGUCUCAAAGGCAACCUAACCAAUCUGGCAAAUUUUAAUGUGAAAAAAAUGAAACACAAGCCUUAUAUUUGACGCUGUAACUUUUGAAAACACCAUAAAACCUGUAAAUGAGGGGUACUGUUGUACUCGGGAGACUUCGCUGAACACAAAUAUUUGUUUUGAAAACAGUAAAAAGUAUCGCAGCAAUAAUAUCGUCCGUGUAAGUGCUGUUUGUGUAUGUAUGUAUAUAUGUAUGUAUAUGUGUGUGUGUGUGUGUGUGUGUGUGUGUGUGUGUGUGUGUGUGUAUAUAUGUAUAUAUAUAUAUAUAUAUAUAUAUAUAUAUAUCUAUCAGUAUCAGUCUACGUGUAAUUUGAGAUAUAUAUAUAUAUAUAUAUAUCUCUCUCUCUCUCUCUCUCUCUCUAUAUAUAUAUAUAUAUAUAUAUAUAUAUAUAUAUAUAUAUAUAUAUAUAUAUCUCUCAAAUUACACGUAGACCGAUACUGAUUUUAUAUAUAUAUAUCUCUAUAUAUAUCUCAGUAUCAGUCUACGUGUAAUUUGAGAUAUAUAUAUAUAUAUAUAUAUAUAUAUAUAUAUAUAUAUAUAUAUAUCUCUAUAUAUAUAUAUAUAUAUAUAUAUAUAUAUAUAUAUAUAUAUCUAUAUAUAUAUCUAUCUCUCUUACGUAGACUGAUACUGAUAUAUAUAUAUAUAUAUAUAUAUAUAUAUAUAUAUAUAUAUAUAUAUAUAUAUAUAUAUAUAUAUAUAUAAAUAAAAUCGUAUACGUGUAAUUGAGAGAUAUAGAUAUUUAUCUCAAAAUUACACGUAGACUGAUACUGAUAGAUAGAUAGAUAGAUAGAUAUAUAUAUAUAUAUAUAUAUAUAUAUAUAUAUAUAUAUAUAUAUAUUAUAUAUAAUAUUGUAAUGUAAUUUUUUUUUAUUUUUUUUUUUACACUUUUAAAUUUUAUUUUAUUUCCAGCCAGCAGGGGGACUACCUGUCAUUACAGGCAGGUAUCCCGGCCAUGUGACUGUGAGGUCCUCGCAUGGACCUCACUCUCACAUGGCCGGGGGGGGCUGCAGGACGGCGGAUCCGCCGUGGGGGGUAAGUAAAAAAAACAAAAAACGGAGGGCGUACUAUUACGCCCGGCGGCGUUUAGAGCCGCGUAAAAUAGGGCGUAAUAGUACGCCCUCCGGUGUUAAGGGAUUAAUGGCCUUUUUAAGUAGAUGUGGCUUUGUUUUUUAGAAUCAUCCAGAUGUUAUAAUAAAGCAAGAUCAAGACACUGCUCGAUAUUGGUUUUACUUUUUUAAUAAAUAAGAUUGUAUGAGCUUUAUCUCUAUGUACUUAAAACACACUCACCAAAACAACUUUAGCUUAAUUAAACCAUUUUGGUAAUCAGAUUAUGCACCUGCAGUCUCACUGCUCAAUUCUCUGCAAUUUAGGAGCUAAAUCACUUUGUUUAUGCAGCCCUAGGCACACCUUCCCUGGCAUUAACUUCCACAGCCAUCCUAAACACACUGUAAAGAGUCAUCUAAUGUUUACACUUCCUUUAUUGCAAAUUCUGUUUCAUUUAGAAUUGCUUAUCUCCUGCUAUGUUAAUAACUGCAGGAGCCUCCUGUGUGUGUGAUUUAUAGCUCAAUUUACAGAGUUGGAAAUAAAAACUUUUAAAGUAUGUUACGUAGUACAUUGAAAAUAAAACCAAAACAAAAGUGGUUUAACUCCUAAAUGGCAGCCUGCAGAAACAGGACCUAUACACAAAACUGCUCCAUUAAGCUAAAGUUGUUUUUGUGUCUAUAGUGUCCCUUUAAAAAUCUUUCUAUUAUACUGUUAAAGGUUUCGGAUAUGUGUUGAUAUUUUUUUUUUUUUUUAUAUAUAAAGUUACCAUUAAUGUUUGCUUUAGAUUCAGAGUUGCUACUUAAAUUCAAAGACGACAAUCAAAAGCUUUAUCGGAGGGCCCAGUGGCAUCAGGAGAAGAAGGACAAAAUACAGAGGAGGACAAACAAGCUGAGUGAAAUGGUCGAAAAGAGGAACCAUGUUUUGAUGAGUAGGCACGUGGAGCUGGCCAGUCUACGGAGGUCGUACAUUCUCGAAUUAACGUCUGUUAUAUUCCCUAUUGGGGAAGUAAACAAUGUCACAAGGUAUUCCCAAUUUGCACAUCAUUGUUUUCUUGUGUUGAAACUAUUGUUUUUACGAGAUUUAGGGAUGCCAUGUGCAUGUUGGUGGAUUUCCAGAACCGGUGCAUGGUGAUGUAUUCCAGGAAACGUCCCAAUCGUAACAAAGUACCGUAUUAAAUAACUGAUUGAAAUGUGGAAUAUGUAACCUGUUCCACUGACGUCCAGUAUGAGACUGUUGUAGAAUCUGACCGGGAGAUCUUAUAUUUUGAUUCCCAGACUCAGUUUUUUUCAAUGUUUCAUGCCAUGUGACUGGCAUGUUAAAAGCAUAUGGUAUAAUGCAGGAAAAGUAUGUUGUAGAGCAAAAUCUACCAACCCUUUUCUUUUUUCUCUACCAACCCACUUAAGUGACAGAUACAUUUCCAAGACCUCCAUUUUUUCUUUUUACCUUAAUCCGAAUCUUAAGGCCCAUUUCUUUGAAACCUUGCUUAAAGGAACACUAUAGGAUCAGGAACACAAACAUGUAUUCCUGACCCUAUAGUGAAAACCCACCAUUUAGGUGGCUUUCCCCCCUUGGCUCCCUCAGAAUGAGUUAAAACUCACCUUAUUUUCAGCUCUUCACACGUCUGCGGGGGCUGGCCCUGCCCCCUUGGUGACAGCUUCCAAAUUGCCCAUUUUUAGCCAAUCCAAUGCUUUCACGUGGUAACAGCAUUGAGUCGGUUAAAAUCGGCAAGGGGGCGGGGCCAAACACCAUUUUGGCCAAUCAGCACCUCCUCAUAGAGAUGCAUUGAAUAAAUGCAUCUCUAUGAGGAAAAUUCAGUGUCUCCAUGCAGAGCGUGGAGACGCUGAACGGCAGGGCUGCUUACUGUGCAACACUGAGCCAGGAAGCACCUCCAUUGGCCAUCAGAGGAGUGGCCACUUGGAGGUGUCCCUAGAGGCAAUGUAAACAUGCUGCUUUUUCUCUGAAAAUACAGUGUUUGCAUGAAAAUGCCUGAAGGGAGCUAUUAUACUCACCAGAACAAUUACAUUAAAGGGAUACUAUAUUCACCCAGACCACUUCAGCUCAAUGAAGUGGUCUGGGUGCUAGGUCCCUCAGGUUUUAACCCCUCAGAUGCAAACAUAGCAGUUUCAGAGGAACUGCUAUGUUUACAUUUGAGGCUAAGCCAGUCUUCCGGACAGCCACUAGAGGCGCUUCUGCGACGCUGGAGGCAUGUUAUUUAUGCCUCCAUCGUGCAGAGCGUAAAUAGGAAAGCAUUGAGAAAUGCUUUCCUAUGGACACUUUGAAUGCGCUUGCGGCACUUGCCGCGCAUGUGCAUUUGGCUCCACUGACAUCGGGGGGAGGAGAGGUCACCGGCGCUGGAAUAAGGUAAGCUGCUGAGAGGGUUUUAACCCCUUCCGCCACGGGAGGCGGACACUAAGUGUGGGGGCAACCUCAGGGCACUAUAGUGUCAGGAAAACCGCUUUGUUUCCCUGACACUAUAGUGAUCCUUAAAGCUGUAGUUGUUCUGGUGACUAUAGUCUCCCCUUAAUUGAUUUUGGUUAAUUUGAUUACAGGUAUGCAAACGUUUUACGUUCUAGGUAGUAUUCCCAGUUUGACUCCUUACUUUUUAUUUUUAAAGCAAAAAUAGCUGAAUGACUUUACUCCUCCUAUCGCAGCCUUAAGUCCGUGUCCUUAAAGCAUAAUUUGAGCUGGCCUGAGGCACGUAAAACAAAGCACUGUGCCAGAGUUCUCAGAUUUACCAUUUAACCUGCUACUUUGCUAUUUGGAAUGUGGGUGUGCCUUUAAUUAUUGGCAUGUCAUUUAAUCCAAAUGUAUGUCAGUACCUGUAAUUUGUAGCAAAUCUAAAUAAAAUAUUUUGUUUGCAUGAAAGAAAGUGAUAACCUAGAAGGCAUCACGUGCACCAUAAUAACUACCAAACAUCAUUUUCCAUUUGGUUUGACAAAAACCAUUGCACUCACAACAGCUAAAGCUGCCUCUCAUCACUGUGCAUGGUCUGACCACGAUCAGCCAGCUAUGCUUUCAAAGCAGCUAUUCUGGUCUUAAAUUUGAAAUUUAUUUUGAUUUCUAACUUUAGUAAACAACCGAGUGUGUCUGUUUGUUUGAUUCUUUAGCCUGACUUACAGGAGCCCUGUGAUGCAAUGAUUGUGUAUGUGUGAUGCUGUACAGUUACAGCAGUGUGUCGGGUUUGUGUGUAAUGGGAGUGAGAGUCUUGUAGGCUAACCUUGUGUUUUAUCAUUCUUUAUUUAUUGUUGUGCAUAGAAUAACAGGCUUUGCAGUUAUGCCACUUCGGUAAUAACAUGAGAGAACAUAGACAUAUAUAGCAAAAAAGUGUGUGGCAAUAGAAAUCUGUCACCUGUUUUUAAUGAAAGUUUAUAUAUAUGUUAGUAAACAAAAUAUUACAUUCUUAUAGUUAAGCACCGUCCAGAUAAUGUUUCUAACACUGUGUUUUUAUAACCAGGGAUCCCGCUGAUGUAAUUUCAUCAGAAAGUGACAAUGCAAUGACCUCUAGCACCGUGAGCAAGCUGGCCGAAGCCAGAAGAACCACUUACCUUUCAGGACGAUGGGUAUGUGAUGACCAAAAUGGUGAUACCAGCAUUAGUAUUGCCGGACCCUGGAUUACUCUGCCCAAUAAUGGCGAUUACUCUGUGUAUUAUAACUGGGUGGAGGAAAAGAAAACAACGCAAGGCCCUGGUAAGUUAUGUGCUGGUGCUAUGAAACCUUGUCAUUGGCAGUAGUUGUAGAAGCACAUAUUACAAAAUAUCAAAGUUGUUCUAGGGGUUGAAUAGUGUAUAGCUAACAUUUCUGCCAGCAUGUGUAUUAUUCACGAAGUACGUACCUGGAAACUGUACCUCUGCUUCCCUGGAAAUAUUUCCGUUUUUAAUGAGUAGGGUGUGUGCGUUGGGUACAGACAAGGAGUGCAAUCAACGCUUCAUGUUAGUAGCCAAUCCCAACCACGGGAGGGGUCACACACAAUGAUAAAACCUUCCCAGUUGGUGUCCAUUGUGUGGUGAUGUAGAGGAACAUUUAUCUGUAGGUCCAGUAACCCUGCAUAGUGUUUAAUUCCCACAGGCUCUCAUUGACAGGAACAUUCCGAGCAGCUUAACCACUACAGCCUGCUGGCGCCCUCCCAGUGUGCAUAGUCAAAACAUUCUGCCUCUACCAGAGCUAGUGAUUCUGGCUGCAAGGAAGGCAUUGGCAGUCACCCAGUAGUACUUUUCUUACUUGGUUUAUCUAAUACCCUGGAGGGGGCGCCACAGGCACACCUGGCACCAUAACCACUACAGCAGGCUAUGGUCCCUGGGUGUUCUUUUAAACCUCAAAAGGUUGGCCAAUAAUAUCAGUCUUUCUGUUUUCAGUUGGUAACCUGACUGCUUUUUGUUUUGUUUAUCUGUAGACAUGGAGCACAGUAAUCCUGCCUACACAAUAAGUGCUGCAUUGUGCUACGCAACUCAGCUCGUCAACAUAUUGUCACAUAUAUUAAAUGUCAACCUGCCCAGGAAACUCCAUAAUAGGCAAGUAUUUAACUGGGACACUGAUCAUCUGGAGACAAUAGACUAGAAAACCUAUUUUUACCAAUAGAUGUGGAACUCUGAUCCAACCUCCCCCCCCCCCCUCCAUAUAUUUAUCAGCACUUCUUUUGAUAGUCUGUCCUCUGCUCGGAAAUGUUGUCUGUUGGUCUGUGUAAUAUGUUAUAUCAUAUGUAGGUAGUGUUUUUCUGUUUGUUUUUUGUGGCUUGUAGUGGAAUGACCGUUUUAUUAAUAUCAGAAAUCUAGAUAAAAUCUACUUUUACCAGUUUAGGAGUGAAAGGCUACAGUUCUUCAGUGAUUUUUAAAAAUCCUUUACCUAACAGACCCCCCAAUAAUUGUUUUAUUGCAAAAUAACUCCCAUGUUUCAUGAUUUGUGCAUUGUCGAGAUUAUAUGAAUAGAUCUCCUUACACACAAUCUGUUCGGUCUAGUUUGUGAAGAUAAUUGCAUUUGUUUCAGAUCCAGAUUCUGUUUUAUAUUCUGAUAUAACUGACAAUUCGUUGUGUAUUAUAUUUCUAUAGUUUACAUACAUUCUUUUUCUUCCCUGCUCAGUGAGUUUUGUGGUGAGAAUAUGAACAGAUGGAAGUUUAAUCGCUCUGUAAUUAAACUGAAUUCCAAUAUCCUCUAUCUCUGUUUUUCUCAGGUAGGUGGUCGUCCCGACUUUACUUUAGGAAUGUUUGUGGAUUUUACUGAAACUCAUGUAUUCUAUAUUGCGGUAUGUUUUAUAAUCCAUUCACGGAACCAUGGAGAUUAAUGCAACACCGUUUUUCAACUAUAAUUUUGUUUUCUGCGCUGUGAGCUCAUUUACAAAAGUUAGAAUUGUCGGGAGUUGAAAGUGAAUUUUAAAAUUUUAGACUCAAAUAUUAAUAUUGGUGAUUUUUUUUAAAUUUAAUUAUUUUUUUUACACAUUUUACAGGAAGAUGUCUGUUUUUUUUUUUUUUUACGAUUUAUUAUCUAUACCCUUAAGUAACUCUUGAAUGAAAGUUUGCAGCCUUUGCAAGCCCCCCCUACCUUCCCCCCCCUUUAAGUCUGUGCGGGUAUAACACUAGUCAGAGACGUCUCAUUGAAACUCCUCCGUGACUGUAACAGGGAAAGGCAGGCGUGCUUCACACCAAAGGUGAAGUGUUAGACAAAAAUCUAACUGGAUGCCCAGGAGUAAUGGAAGAAUAAAAAAAUAUGUUGGAAAACAAAACCAAACAAAAAACAAAAAUACAGAAGUAAAUAUUAAUGUAUGGUGCUGGUAAUCACCUCCUUAACAACCUUUUGUAUGAGGUCUACUGAGCAGAUGUCAAUAUUCCCCUAAGGGUUCAGUAUUAUAAAAAUGUAUAAAUAGAAGUCCACAAUAUUGCAAUUGCAUACAGUUAUGCUGGAUAUAGACUUGUAUGAAUGUUCAUUUAUAUUCAUUAAACAGUGAAAGGGCUGCAUACAAGUCCACAGUGGUAGCAGCUAAUGUAGUCUCUGUUUAAUACAGUUCUAUACUUUUGGAUACAAUGUAAGCUGAUAGCAGUUGACUCCAGUUACUGGAUUAGCUGGGGUAUAUUUGCUAAACUAGCCAAUAUAAUAUAGUACAAAAGACCAAUAAUGUUUUCCUUAGACAGUAUGAUUGCUUGGAAAAUUGUAAACUGCUGGUUGGUAUAAUAAACUUUAACUUAAAUAAUCAUGGGCAAGGAUUUUAAGUUUUGAAUAGUGAUAGAUGUAAUAAAGAAUCCGUUUAUUAAUUUCUUUCUGUAUGAAAGAAACACUUUAUUAGACACAUGUAGUUUAAAAUUCACUCACUCUCUGCACCAAGUGGUUAUGGAAUGGUGCUGUGUUCAUUAGAGACGACGUGGCAUGGGUCCUUCAGUCCGGCUGGUAACGGAGAAAUGCUGACAGAAGCCGCGUGCGUGUCACCGUACUGCUUGUUGUGCGUUCCAAUUCCAUUAGACCUCAUACAAAGGUUGUUAAGGAGGUGAUUACCAGCACCAUACAUUAAUAUUUACUUCUGUAUUUUAAUUUUUUAUUUUGUUUUCCAACAUAUUUUAUUAUUCCUCCAUUACUCCUGGGCAUCCAGUUAGAUUUUUAUCUAACACUUCACCUUUAGAUUGCAUUUUAGGGGUCCUUAGGAGGGAACCCCACUCAGUCCAGUAGAGUUUAAUCUCUAUCCAUACCAUUUUACUCUAUACCUGUGUGAUUUUUAUCUCCACCACAACUACGUGCUUCACACCAGCUUUCUCACCAGCGGGAGAAAACCUCACUGGUUGUCUGAGUGAGCCCCCAGUUUCUAACAAAAAGACUCAAGACACAAAGCACGUCCUUUAAAAUGUACCUUUAAAUGUAAAGUUGACGUUGAAUUCCUGACAUUCUCAUUUUAGUAAAUAGCCCUUAUAGUACAGACACCUGGGUAUUUUCAUAUUUGAGAUGUGUUUUUUUUUUUUCGUUUUAAACCUUUCUUUGGGUUUGUGUUGGCUAACUUACUGACUAAAAGUUGCAGCUUUAACCAUUCAUUGUCCUUCUCUCUAAUUAAAACUUGGUGUAGUUAAAGCGUUACCGCCUUUGACGGUCUAUAUAGGUAAUAUUCCGUGUUCCAACCUCUUUCGGGAUCAGUCUGUUUUACCUCUCUCCAUUCUCAGAGCAUGUAGCAGGAUACCUGCUUCGGCUCACGGGUUGUGGUUUAGAAACCCCAGGUGCGGAUAGCUCUUGGCUCUAGGUGUUUGACCUGUGGUGGCAUUUUAUUAUAGGUGUGUGUUUUUUAAGUGUUACAUAGUUUUGUCUGAUUUUUACCACUUGUCAUUUUCGCUGUUUGUUGAUCCUUUUUGCGGAUAUUUGAUGCCUGUCACAAUACAUUCACUCACAAUAUCUAGCAUAUGCUACCGUACUAGGCAUUGAGUGAAUGCAAUCAUUCUACUUGUAUAGAUCAGAAAAUGUGUUUCUCUCCGUUUUGAUAGCCAACACAACUUGCUGAUGGCUUUCAUGGAGUGCAGAGAUAGGCAACCUUCGGCACUCCAGAUGUUGUGGACUACAUCCCCCAUAAUGCUCACACACCCAAAAUGCAAGCAAAGAAUCAUGGUAGGUAUAGUCCAAAGCAUCUGGAGUGCCGAAGGUUGCCUAUGCCUGGAUUAGAGGUUUGUUUAAAGGGUGCUGCUAAGCACAUUUUCUUCAAUGUCAAUAACUAGCUCUUGGGAGUACAAAGAAGGAAUGUAGUAUAAAUGUCAGGGGAACCUGGUAUGAGCAUGGCAUUAAGCAGACACUACAUACUCUGUGUGUCUGCUAUCCGUGAUGACUGCUAUAAAGGUGCAUUUUCGUUUUUUUUCUUGACAGCACGUGGAUCUAGAUCUUCUCCAUCCAUUGCAUACCCUCAGGAAUCUCAUGUAUUUGGUCAGCGCAGAGAGUGCAAACCUUGGGCGGUAAGUCUGCAAUCUAUGCAGGAAUAUUCAUUACACAUACGCACACUCACUUUGCAAAGUUUUUAUUUUAUUUUUUAUACUUUUAGUAUUUGACUGGAUCCUUCAGCCGUAGACGUACACCUUGGGUUACACAGUAUUUGAAUGUGACAUUUAUAGAGUCAGAUGAUGUCACUGUGCGAGAUACGUUCUGACCCAAGGUGCAUCGAUAUGGCUGAAAGAUCCAGUCAUAUUCUAAAGGUCAGGAUGAGUUUUAUCUUCCACCCUCUAUCUUUGACAAUGUUUGGCAAUGAAGCCAAAUUUAAGCAAGGUUCUAUUUCUGUAGCCAUGGUAACUUACCCAAAUUGCAUCAGAAAAAUAAAUCCCACAGAAGGGCAAACUGCAGACGUCAUGGGAAGAGGAUAACACAAUGGAGAUGUCCAGAUAUUAUAAAAAGGCUAGAAGUGGAAGACCCAUAAUGUACCAUUUCUGUGUCUGUGUGGGUUUAUGUGGAUUUAUUUUUAUUGUAAUUGUGUUUUCAAAAUCUUCCCUCCGAAAAUGCUGCAGGUAGAAAGCAUACACAGUUUCGAAAAGCAACAAAUGGUUGCAAUUUAUCGCACAUAUACCUUUACAAAUUGUUGCAUAAAGGUGCCAGAAUGGGGAGUCAGAAUGAUAACCAAAUAAUUAUAUUGAAAUACAAAUUUUAUUAUACAUGAAUUUAAAAUAAAUUUAUAUUAAAACUUGUAUCUCAGAGGAACACUAUUUAAUAUAAGGGGCACAAGGAAAGGAAUAGUGUCGCUUUAAAAUCCGCUUCAGUGUGAGUGUCCCAAUAGUGAUCACAAUGCUAGACCAUUGUUUAUCAGAUGUACAUCAUGCUGUAUGUGUCCAGUGCUGCCCAUUAAUGCAAAGCUGCCAUAAAUUCUGACAAAUUGAAACCUUUUUACUUUUUUUGCACAGUGGUUAAAAUGCAGGUGGAAUGUUGUCUAAAUAUAAAAAUAUCCAUUUAUAACCUUUGCAGGUCUGGGCCUUUCGAAAUAAGUGCAGAUUUAGAAGACUCUAUGGAGAUCGUAGAUCCCAGUGGAGCUGGUGAAACCGACGAAAGUGGAGAAGAACACAUCAGUGACGAAGAGACUGAUUUAGGAACUGACUGGGAAAAUCUGCCAAGUCCUAAGUUUUGUGAGAUCCCUUCGCAAACUGUGGAGUUAAUGGAGAGUCAGAGCACGCUCCUGUCACAGCCAAUUGGCAGCAGCAGCGCGGGGGGCAUGAUCUCAUCAGCAGCUGCGUCCGUCACGUCUUGGUUUAAAGCUUACACUGGACAUCGCUGACACUAAGCAGCCGCACCUCCUUACCAAACUAGAUAAGUGGACUGAAUAGUGGAAAAUAAACAAAGUUUAUAUGAAAUGAUCUUUUUAUGCUGAGGAAAGACAAAAAGGUAUAUUUUUGUUUGCCACAAUGGAGUGAGAAUUGCAUGAAUUCUACAGGUCGUUUUUGCCUAGUCUUAAAUAUUAAAUGUAAAAUUCAGUGAUGCACCUUGUAACAAAUACAAGAAUGGAGGGGAAUGUGAAACGCUUUUGAUUCCGCUCUCCCUUCCUAUCCUAUGGAGUUGGUGCAUUAAGCAGGUACUUUAAUUAUAAUCUGUACUGUGCAUUGAGCCAUUAUCUCCUAGGGAAUUUGUUUUGUUUUUGUGUGCUUUGUAGGCCACAUAAAUGGAAGAGGAUAGUGCAUUGUGCUUUUAAAAUAAAGAUCUGUGUUGGGGGGAAGCAUAGCACACGGCCAUUUGUGGCUUUAAAGGUAUAGUGUUGGGCUAAACCUCUUAACUUUGCUCUAGCUUUGUAAAUACUGGAUACCAACUGUCAAACGGUUUACUAUAUUUAAGCAACAAGGCUGGUGUGGGAAACAGAAGCAGUGUUUAAUCUUUGUUACAGGACGGGGAUGGAUAUCAUUUUAAAAGGGAGAAAUUUUAUGUAUUUUUAGCUGCAAAAUUAAUUCACUAAUGCAUAGUCCUAAAGCAGAAUGGAUCAGACCCAGUAUACUUGACGUGCAGACUUUCCAUAAGUUAGAAUUAAAUCUUAAAAUUCCCCUCGUUUGUUCCUUGGCUGCCUUUUCUGAAGGUCUCAGGGAAAUAGCUGAGAUGUGUCUGCCAAUACUGAACUUUCCAUUUCUUCUGUCUGGGUCCCCUGUUAGUGAGGAAGUUCUUUGGAGAUAUAGUUCAGGACUUGCUCCGUGAAUGGUAUUUUAAUAUUUUAUGAAUGAAACAUUACUACAAAUCAGUGGUUACAGUAUUUUUUUGACUCUUGAUCACUGCUGCUCACUACAAGCUCUGUCAUAGAAAGCAAUGACUGCACACAUUUCAGGUUACUAAGAAUAACUGCAAUGUCAUUUAGUUGGAGCAAUUCCCUGUAACAAACAGAAUGAUUUUUGACAGAUAAGAGGAGAUUUAGUUCCUGCAUUUCUUCCCGUUGGAUUAUGGCUUAGUCCUCAAGGUGACUACACUUCCCAUAAUCCAAAGCCAGCAGCUGUGGGCUCUUAUUGAUUGCACAGCAAUGUAGAUCUUAGACACCCCUAAAUAAAUGUUUUUAUGUAAUUCAGACGUGUGGGGAAUUGUAUUCACUUGGGUCAAAGUGUGAGCAAUACAAGCUGCUACAAUGUAAUAUAGAGGGAUUGUGUCUACAUCAAACAGCAUUUAUUCUGUGUGCCAGUUAAACACUGUAUAGUGGGAAUCACAAUAUUUUUUAUUUGCUUUAUACACACUGAGCAAAGGGGUAUUUAACAAACAUGUUUGUUUUGGUUUUUAUGAAUUGUUAAUUUGUUUUGAAAUGCAUUUAACUCCUAGAUUAGAAUGCUUACACUGGCCCAGUGACUCAAAGGGAAACCAUCCUCAAAAAAAUAAAGUUUUGUACUUUGAAAUAUGUAUGUGUUUCUCAAACAUUUCACAGUAAAAAAAAAUUCUUGCAGACAUACGUAACCGAUAAGCAAGGUCUUUAGCUCCUAUAUGGGUGUGAAUACAAUGUAGAGAGAUCAUUUUCAGUGUUGUAAGUGUGAUUCGGAAUGCUUUCUCUCCCCCAUUUGUCCUUCUUGCCCUAAUAGCCUCCAUGUAUGCCCUCCUCCUACCUGGAAACUAACUUUGUGUGCCGCCACCUCCCCCCCCCCGGUGCCAAUCUGCAAAGAAGAUACUAUUUCUGGUUGCUUCAACUGCUGAGCGCAGAUAAGAAUAUGUUGGCAUGAGGUGGGAGAGUUUUAAAUAACCUCUGCCAGUAAGUAAAUGGUGUAAUGAACUAGUCCAAUACUUGAGCGAUCUGAUUAUUAGUGGGAUAAUGUUAAGUAAGGGGUUAUACAAUUGCAACAUAACCAGCAUUAGUGAAAGCUAAUUUUCUAUUUUCUUCCAGAAUGGUGGUUGCACAUAUUGCCACCAAAACAUUGAUGGCUGUUAAGAUUGUUACAGAAUUUGUGCGAUAUUUUACUUUAACUUCAUUUGCUAGACAUUGCUGCACUUAGUGAUAUCCCAAAGAGAAUAACCUGCGCUACCUAACUUUACAAACCUGAUUUGUACAUUUGCUUACAUUACUGCACAUAAGUUAAAAAUGCAGACUUUUUUUAACUUAAGUUGGGUAUGUAAAAAUAAAAUACAGCUAAUUAUUUAAGCCAGUAUCUUCUUAGAAUGUAUAAGUGCUUUUAUUAAUGCCUG